CAAGUCUGCGGUUAGUGUUCUCUCCACCGCGGCGCCCCCUGGUGGCGGCGGCGCGCAGUGACCCGGCCAACAGUCAGUGUGCAACAUCAGUCCGAAGCUCCGAAGAUGGCGGAGGGCGAACUGAACGUGGACAGCCUCAUCUCUCGACUGCUGGAAGUGCGGGGAUGUCGCCCGGGGAAGAUAGUCCAGAUGACGGAGGCAGAGGUGCGCGGCCUCUGCAUCAAAUCCAGGGAGAUCUUCCUCAGCCAGCCCAUCCUGCUGGAGCUUGAGGCGCCCCUGAAGAUCUGUGGUGACAUCCAUGGCCAGUACACAGAUCUGCUGAGGCUGUUUGAGUACGGCGGCUUCCCUCCAGAGGCAAACUAUCUUUUCCUGGGCGACUACGUGGACAGAGGGAAGCAGUCCCUGGAAACCAUCUGCCUCCUGUUGGCCUACAAGAUCAAAUACCCCGAGAACUUUUUUCUGCUCAGGGGCAACCACGAGUGUGCCUCCAUCAACCGCAUCUACGGCUUCUACGAUGAGUGUAAGCGCAGGUUCAACAUCAAGUUGUGGAAGACCUUCACUGAUUGCUUCAACUGCCUCCCCAUUGCUGCUAUUAUUGAUGAGAAGAUCUUCUGCUGCCAUGGCGGGCUAUCUCCUGACUUGCAGUCAAUGGAGCAGAUUCGCAGGAUCAUGAGGCCAACAGAUGUGCCUGAUACAGGCCUGCUGUGCGACCUCUUGUGGUCAGACCCAGAUAAGGACGUACAAGGCUGGGGAGAGAACGACCGCGGGGUCUCCUUCACCUUCGGGGCCGACGUGGUCAGCAAGUUCCUCAACCGCCAUGACCUGGACCUCAUCUGCAGAGCCCACCAGGUUGUGGAGGAUGGUUACGAGUUCUUUGCCAAACGCCAACUGGUUACACUUUUCUCUGCUCCAAACUACUGCGGGGAGUUUGACAACGCAGGCGGCAUGAUGAGCGUCGAUGAAUCCCUCAUGUGCUCGUUCCAGAUCCUAAAGCCCUCAGAGAAGAAGGCCAAGUACCAGUAUGGUGGUGUAAAUUCUGGUCGGCCCGUCACCCCACCCCGCACCACCCAAGCCCCCAAGAAGAGGUGAACGUACAUAUACGCCUUGGCUCCUCCCCUCCUUCUUACCUUGUCUGUCCUUGGUCUGCCACCAUGGCAACCCCUGUAACUCCCCUGUAUAGCAAAGAUAUGGGGCUUAUCUAAUUGCCCAAAUCUUCCUCCUCUUUCUCCCCACUCACCCACCCCCUCCCCAACUCCACUGACAGCUCUUUUCUUAAUGUGUAUGUGUACAUAAAUUUGCUCUGACCAAUCUGUUUUUGGUUGUUGUUUUUUUGCCUGUUUGUUGGUAUUUUUGAUAUUAUUAACAAAUAAUCAAUUUGGUGGUUUUACUUCCGAUGCCAUUUGAGGUUUUCUGAGGUUCCGUGUCACGGGAGGAAACGCCUCCUCUGUGUAGAGGGGCAACGUGACCAAGUCAGCGGAAUUAUUUUCAGUUUGACAACAACAAAAUGGAGAAUGAAUAUUGUUUUGCCUUGAUCUCUCAAAAUGCAGAGAGAAUCCCUCCAAUGUAUUUUAAUGAGACUGAUGUUUGCGGGCAGUGCUAAAGCUGUAGACACAAAUAACAUCUCUCCAAUUCCAGUUCAGCCGUUCGAACUCAUUAAAGCCUGUGGUUGUUGUGCACAAGCCUACUUCGUAUACUUCACCCUCCGUUGCAAAAGUCCACCACACUAUAUGAGUAGCAAAGAAUGUGAAGGGACCGGCUUGAAUGAAAUAUAGUGGCUGAAUCAGAUGCUGCUGUCAGUGGACGCGCUCUACACGAACACAACGCUCUCUGGGCAUCCACCCCCCCCAACUCUGUUACGGGUUCCCAAAUCCACACCCACACACAGACACGCCGCUUCUCAAACAGAGCUGGUAGAUAUUUUCCUUGGUGUAUUUAUCAGUCAUUAUUAUUGGUUCACAUCAAGAUAAUUUUCCCCAUAUUCUCCCAUUGAUUUAUAGCGAAAAAAUACCAGCCACCCUCUAUCCCCAUCACCCAACUUGUCCAGGUACGGAAUAUGAAAAACCGGCGGAGUUAGAAGUGGCUGCCGGGACCAGGGAAUUUGGUUGUAUGAUUGUGACCCCACCUGGUGUGCAAAUACAGCAUUACAGUGCAAACUCACACAAAUCUGAUGAAUCAAACUCGACAGCUCAAGAUGGGUUCUUCAUCACUAUGCCAGUACAAAAUGUUGGAGGUACUUCAGUUGUCUUCUCAGCCGACCAGCGAUUAGCCCGGUUAAGCACUUGAGAUUUGCAGUUGACUUUCUUUUUUUUUUUAGAAAACAGUUGCCUCUUUCUUUUCUCUCUUUUUUUAAUUUCUUUUAGCUCUGUGGUGUUCUUCUUUCUGUGUUCUCUCUUCACAGUGUUUACUUUUUAUUCACUUAAUUUAUUUCUUAAUGACGAUAAGAAAACAAUGAGGUGUUACCAAAAGCUGUUUUGCAAUUUGUACAAGUUUGUUUGAAAGUCUAUAAAUGAAAUAAAAUUGAUGGAAUCUAAA